UAGGGUUUAACAGACCGCUCAUCGGCAAUCAGCAGCUUUCUCCAAAGCCUCAAGCUUGAUCAGCAUCUAGGGUUUCCGAUCGCCGGCGAAAAGAGAAGACAAUGGGGCACUCCAACAUCUGGAACUCUCACCCUAAGAACUACGGUCCUGGAUCCCGCACUUGCCGUGUGUGCGGAAAUCCUCACGGUAUAAUCAGAAAGUAUGGGCUAAUGUGCUGUAGACAGUGCUUCCGCAGCAAUGCCAAGGAAAUUGGCUUCAUCAAGUAUCGUUAAAUCUCGACAGAGGGUGUGCCACAAUUUCGGAAAUGUGUCAUGACAGUGAUUACACAAUCUGUGAUCGAAUUUGGAUUUAUUUCUGAACAAUCAGAUUGUAAUUUGGUUUCAUAGUAUUGACCUUACUUUUAUUUACUCAUUUUCUGUUUUGUUUUUUCCUUGUUACGUUUCCAUCUAAAUUUUGGAUAUUCUCAUUUCUCUGUUCUGUCAGUAUUAGACAAAAUUACUCAUUACCUAAUCAUUUCAUUUCUUUAUUAAA